AUGGUGUCCCGCCUGCCGCCGCUGGUGCUGCUGGCCGCGCUGCCGCCGGCGCUGCUGCUGCCCGCCGGCACGGGAGAGGCCGGGGAGGCGCGCGGGACGCCCACCGCGCAGCAGCUGUACGACUCGCUGCCAGAGCCAGAGCGCGAGCCGUUCCUGGCCUACGAGCUGGCGCUGGGCCUGGAGCAGGUGGCGAGCAGAAACGCGUCGCUGGCCGGCGCGGCUGCGGAGGCUCUCGGCCGCCUCGCCCCGUCCACCGGCCACGUGCAGGCCCAAAGCGGGUCGCUGGCCGACAAGCUCCACCACCUCUACGGCAUCCCCAACGAUCUGCUCAUCAAGUUCCAGAACCUGCCAACACCGAGUGAUUUCGAUAUCAACAUGUACAUCUGGGUGAAGCUCUCGACGAACCCAACAUUCCAGCAGAUGGUGCAGCUGGCGGCCACGGGACAGUAUUGCGUGGGCGUCAACUGUUACAGCCUGCAGGAGCCGUGGGGAAACUGCUGCCCAUUCUGAGCUCUCCGUCUCCUUUCUCACACUGCACCAUUCAUCCUCAUUGCUUCUGAAAACACUGAUAAAGAAAAUCGCAUUGUAUUUGUACAUUGUGUUCCUAUAUAAUCCAUUUAACUUAUUUAUUUGUUUCACGAAGCAUCAUAAACUUUUUGUAACAGUCAUGAGCAUUAUGUGUUUAUUCGCUGUU